UCUUAACUAUACUUUCAUAUAAGCACACAACUGAUAGAUUGUUUUCUUGUGUCACAUAGCGUAAGAGCUCACAAUGUCUCCCGCUAUCUCUCUUUGUUUGGCUUUCCUUUUUGCGCUUUGUCAUGGUUCUCAUAGCCUACCUGCACAGCGAACUCCUCAUCUUGAUACACUUCUCCCUAAUGGAAACUUUGAGCAAGUUCCAAACAAAUCAAACAUGAGAAAGAGGCAAAUAAUCGGCAAAUACUCUCUUCCUCAUUGGGAAAUCUCCGGCCACGUCGAGUUAGUCUCUGGCGGUCCACAGCCUGGAGGUUUCUACUUUGCGGUGCCACGUGGAGUCCAUGCAGCUAGGCUAGGGAACUUAGCAUCGAUUUCUCAGUAUGUGAAAGUGAAGCGUGGCUUGGUCUAUUCUCUAACGUUUGGGGUCACGAGGACUUGUGCUCAGGACGAGAACAUACGAAUCUCUGUUCCCGGUCAGACCAAUGAGCUGCCGAUCCAAACCCUGUUCAGUACUAACGGUGGAGACACGUACGCUUGGGUUUUCAAGGCAAAGUUUGAUGUGGUUAAGGUCACUUUUCAUAACCCUGGUGUUCAAGAGUACCCUUCAUGUGGUCCUCUCGUUGACGCCGUUGCCAUCAAAGAGAUUCUUCCUCUUCGGUAUACUAGAGGAAACCUUGUGAAGAACGGCGGAUUCGAGAUCGGUCCACAUGUAUUCAACAACUUCUCCACCGGAAUCUUAAUCCCGGCGAAGGUACAAGAUCUCAUCUCACCGCUUCCAGGAUGGAUCAUCGAAUCCCUAAAACCGGUCAAGUACAUCGAUAGCCGCCACUUCGAAGUCCCCUCAGGACUCGCCGCGAUCGAGCUCGUCGCCGGGAGAGAAAGCGCCAUCGCUCAGAUCAUCCGCACCGUCGCCGGUAGAAACUACAUGCUCUCCUUUGCUGUUGGAGACGCACAAAACGGUUGUCACGGAUCGAUGAUGAUGGAGGCGUUUGCUGGAAAAGCCGCGUUUAAGCUUCGGUUUGAGUCUAACGGUAAAGGCGCGUUUAAAGUUGGGCGUUUCAGGUUUCGCGCGGAUUCUAACCGCACGAGGUUAACGUUCUACAGUGGGUUUUAUCAUACCAAGCUCCAUGAUUUUGGACACCUUUGUGGGCCCGUGCUUGACAAUGUUAGUGUUGUAAUGACACGUUAAAAUUUAUUUGAGUAUAAAUUAUAAUCUAAUACUUAUAUAAUAAAA